UUUGAUGCUGGGGAAAUGUUUGGGAUCAUGCAAGUGGAGGAGGUGGAAGAGGAAGAGGAUGAGGCCACUCGGGAGGUGCAGAAAAAGCAGCCCAAUCCGGGGAGUGAGCUGUGCUACAAGGUCAUCGUGACCAGCGAGAGUGGGCUCCGGGCAGCUGACCCCAACAGCAUCUUCCUCAUUGACCACGCCUGGACAUGUCGUGUGGAGCACGCGCGCCAGCAGCUGCAGCAGGUGCCGGGGCUGCUGCACCGGAUGGCCAACCUGAUGGGCAUCGAGUUCCAUGGUGAGCUGCCCAGCGCAGAGGCCGUGACCAUGGUACUAGAAGAGAUGUGGAAGUUCAACCAGACCUACCAACUGGCCCAUGGGACGGCCGAGGAAAAGGUUCCGGUGUGGUACAUCAUGGAUGAAUUUGGCUCGCGAAUCCAGCAUGCAGACAUGCCCAGCUUUGCCACAGCACCCUUUUUCUACAUGCCCCAGCAAGUGGCCUACACGCUGCUGUGGCCCCUGAGGGACCUGGACACGGGUGAGGAGGUGACCCGGGACUUUGCCUACGGAGAGGCAGAUCCUCUGAUCCGGAAGUGCAUGCUGCUACCCUGGGCCCCUGCUGACAUGUUGGACCUCAGCUCCUCCACGCCCGAGCCUCCCACAGAGCACUACCAGGCCAUUUUGGAGGAAAACAAGGAGAAGCUGCCACUUGCCAUCAGCCCUGUGGUAUACCCCCAGAACCACGUCUUCAAGGUCUUCACGGACGUGCAGCAGGUACUCAGCAACCUCACACACCCACGCUUCACCUUCACCCAGAGCGAGGCGGAUGCUGACAUCCUCUUCAACUUCUCACACUUCAAAGACUACAGGAGGCUCAGCCAGGAGAGGCCAGGAGUGCUGUUGAACCAGUUCCCCUGCGAGAACCUGCUGACUGUGAAGGACUGCCUGGCGUCCAUCGCACGUCGGGCAGGAGGCCCUGAGGGCCCGCCCUGGCUGCCCCGAACCUUCAACCUGCGCACUGAGCUGCCCCAGUUUGUCAGCUACUUCCAGCACCGGGAAAGGCGGGGUGAGGACAACCACUGGAUCUGCAAGCCCUGGAACCUGGCACGCAGCCUGGACACCCACAUCACCAAGAGCCUCCACAGCAUCAUCCGGCACCGAGAGAGCACCCCCAAGGUUGUGUCCAAGUACAUUGAAAGUCCAGUCCUGUUCCUUCGAGAAGACGUGGGGAAGGUCAAGUUUGACGUCCGCUACAUCGUGCUGCUGCGGUCAGUGAAGCCCCUGAGGUUGUUUGUGUAUGAUGUGUUCUGGCUGCGGUUUUCUAACCGGCCCUUUGCACUCAACGACCUGGAUGACUACGAGAAGCAUUUCACAGUCAUGAACUAUGACCCGGAUGUGGUACUUAAGCAGGUUCAUUAUAAUGAAUUCAUCCCUGAAUUUGAGAAGCAAUACCCAGAGUUUCCCUGGGUUGGCGUCCAGGCUGAGAUCUUCCAGGCCUUUACGGAGCUGUUCCAGUUGGCCUGUGCCAAGCCACCGCCCCUGGGCCUCUGCGACUACCCCUCAUCCCGGGCCAUGUAUGCCGUCGACCUCAUGCUGAAGUGGAACGACCAUUCAGAUGGGAAGCGGGUGAUGCAGCCGCAGAUCCUGGAAGUGAACUUCAACCCUGACUGUGAGCGAGCCUGCCGGUACCACCCCACCUUCUUCAAUGAUGUCUUCAGCACCUUAUUUCUGGACCAGCCCAGCAACUGCCAUGUCACCUGCCUCGCCUAGGCACUCGCUGUCCCUGCACCCUGUGCUUAGGGAAGGGUUCUAACCUCUGUCUUACGAGCUGCUUCUGCAAAGGCCCCAGGACCUCCCCUCCCUUCCUCAAGUCAGCGUCCGCCCCAGGCCUCUAUCUUUCUAAGCCAUUGUCCAGGCCUCCCACCCUGGGAGCACAGGGUCUUCCCCCUGUGGGUCAGAGCAGGACAGUGACAGCGUCUCUAAGGCAGGGUACCACCCCAAGGCCCUGCCCACACCCCCACCACCAUCUAGGCAUUGAUGAGUCUCCAACUCAGACAAGGGCUUUACUCCUGGUAUCAAGAGUUCCCAGGCCGUCUGCCCCAGAGCGUGUUGGGGAGAGAGAGGGUCUUGGGCGCAGGGAGGUGUUCCUCAGGAACAGGGUUCUACAGGGAAGCAUUUGGGAACCCUGCAUCAAAUAAGGCCAAGCAGGCUUCUGUUCCAGAGUCUCUGCUCUCAUGCAUUGGAAUGCCCCUGGAACAGGUACAGGGCCCCACACUGCACCCACAAGGCUCUGUGU